AUGGCUAGGAGAGGAAAAUCGGGAGCGAGUAAACCUCAAGCUGUUUUUGACAAUAAAAAAAGAAGAAAGGCUUCGGAAAAUAAAGUUUUGCAAUCCUACGAUGAGAAAAAUGAGGAUUCGUUCGUCGAUGAUGAAUUGGACGACGAAAACGAUACCGGAUACCAUGUUGGCGUGAAUUCCGACAGCGAUGAAGAAAUUGACAGUGACGAAGCUUUCGAUGAGGAUGAUGAAAAAAAAUUUGCUGAUUGGUCUUUUAGUGCUUCUACAGCUAAACAUAUCCCCAAGAGAAAAUCAACUCAGCCAGUUCCAGAUAAAAAGAGAGAAACCAUAUCUUUAAAUGAAAAUGAAGGUUACAAUGAACAGCCGGAAAGCGAAGAUGAUGAUGGAGCUAGUAUUGAUGAAAACGAAAUGGUCGAUCUAGACACAGUACUAGACCAACCGAGCUCUAGUGAAGAAGAAGAAGAACAUUCCAAAGAUGCGGAACAGAAGAACCAUUUACAACACACUGAAGGAAUCAUUGAAAGUGAUGAUUCUUCAUCAGAGGACAAUUCUUCAGAGGACGAAAAUGAUUCCUCUGAUGAAGACGAAAAUUUAGAAGAGAGUGAUAUCCGCAGCUCUGAAGAUGAAGAGUCUAGCGACGAGGAAGAAAAUGAUGCCAAGUUGGAUAAUUUGAAGAGUUACAUUGAUUCCUUAAAUGAUAAGCGAAAGGCUGAAGUGUACCCCGAAGAUGAAGAAGGUAAAGAAAAGACUGUUGAAAAAAAACGUGUUAAGCACAAUCCAAUUGAAUCCAACCGUGAAUCUGAAUUCAAUUUGAUUGGAAAUGACGAUGGAAAGAUCGGACUUUCUGAUCUCUUAGAGUCCGUUCAAGUUGACAAUCGGUUGAAAUCUUCCUUGAAACCUUUAGUUAGUGAGUCUUCUGCUGUAUCAGCUUCAAAAUUAGACGCCCCUUUGGCAAAGCCCGUCCAAGAUCGUUUGGAGAGACAAGCUGCCUAUGAGCAAUCGAAAGAAGACCUUGAAAAAUGGAAACCUAUCGUUUCGGAAAACAGAAAGGCGGAUCAGUUAGUAUUCCCUAUGAAUGAAAGUGCGCGUCCUGCACCAAGUAGCGCUGCGCUGGCUUCCAGUUAUAAUCCUGAAAGUAAAAUCGAGAAGACGUUGGACACAGCUCUCAUUGACGCAGGUCUUAAAGAUGAAGAAUCCAUGAGAAAGCAGGAAGAGCUUGCUUUAAAUAAACUUUCGGUUGAAGAAGUGGCCGAAAGAACCCGUCGUUUGCGUUUCAUGAGAGAACUCAUGUUCCGGGAAGAACAGAAAGCCAAACGUGUUUCCAAGAUUAAAAGUAAAGCGUAUCGCAAGCAUUUGAAGAAACGAAGAGAAAAAGAAGAAUCUUUGUUACCGAAAACGGAAGAGGAUAUGGAAGCUGAGCGUCUAAGAGCCGAGGAAGCUCGUGCUACAGAAAGAAUGACGCAGCGUCAUAAAAAUAGCAGUGCUUGGACUCGAAAAAUGCUUGAGCGUGCAAAUCAUGGUGAAGGAACAAGGGAAGCAGUUAUGGAGCAAGUUAGAAAAGGGGACGAAUUAACACAACGAAUUAGUGGUCAAACGGAUGUUGACGGUGUUGACCAUUAUUCCGAUGAUGGUUUAGAAGACGCAGACGAUGUUUCUCGUGCGUUCGAUAAUGUAAGAGAGACAAAAGAGCCAGAACUGAAGGGCGUUUUGGGUAUGAAAUUUAUGCAAGAUGCUUCCAAAGCAAGGGCUCGCCAAGUGGAAGAUGAUAUGAAAGAUUUUGAAACAGAAAUGGCUAAUAUACCUAAUGGGGAUGCUUCUGAUACGGCGGAAAACGAAAAUAAUGGUGUCUUAGUAGGAAACAACGCAGGGCGUCGAUCAUUUGCUCCUUCAAAAGAAGCAUUGAAGGAAAUCCGAUCAGAACGUAAGAAUCCUUUCUUAACUGACGCUCAAAAAGAACAGCGUGAUGAAGCUGAGAAAACUAAGAAAGAAAAGAAAAAAAGUAACAAGAAAGAUAAUAAAGAAGUAGAAGUUUCUGUGGCCGAUGAUACAAAUAACCCAUGGUUACAAGGUCCUCGUCAUCAGAAAUCUACCUUGGCAGACGUUAAGAAGGAUAGCUCAAAAGCUGAAAAACUUGCUCACAGAAUGAAUACUGACAAGGUAAAAUCAUUACAGGAAUUAGUACAUGAACCUGAGAUUCAGCCGGACAAAAUAUUCAACGAGACGUCUUUUCAGAGCGAAUCAGAGCAAGAGUCGGAUCAAGACGUGCCCACGUUGAAAUCUGCAAAAGGCAAGGUGGCUAUUCAGCAAAGGGAAUUGGUCGCUAGGGCUUUUGCUGGAGACGAUGUGGUUGCGGAAUUUGAAAAGGAUAAAGAGGAUUGGAUUAAUGAGGAUGCGCCAAAAGAAGAAGACCAAACUUUACCUGGUUGGGGUUCUUGGGCAGGCACCGGAGUUAAACAGAAGAAAAAUAAACCGAAAGCUGUAAAGAAAAUUUCAGGGCUGGACCCCUCCAAGCGAAAAGACGCGAAUUUACAGCAUGUUAUUAUUAAUGAAAAACGCAACAAAAAAUCAGCUAAACUCACCGCUGAUAGUGUUCCAUUUCCAUUUGAGUCUCGAGAACAAUAUGAAAGAGCCCUCAACCUACCAAUGGGUCCAGAAUGGACUACCAGAGCCUCUCACCAUAAAGCUGUGGCUCCCAAAACUGUCACAAAACGUGGUAAGGUUAUUCAACCACUUAAGGCGCCAAAAUAA